AGAGAAAGUAAUGAAAGGGCCGGGGAGACCGGCCAUGGGCGGCAGCAGCCUUCUGGAGGUCCAGCUUCUGCUUCUGAUUCUGAUUGGCAUUGAUGGAGCCUUGUGCAGAAACAUCGUGUCUCCCUGGCUUGGUGUUGAUUCCAAGUGGCCACAAGUAAAGAAAAACUUCACUAAGAGGGAGGUCACAUGUCCCAAAGGCCAGCAGCGUGUAGAGGCCAUGUGCUGCCAGUUAUGCCCUCCUGGCACAAAGAAAACUUCUAAUUGUAAAGUGGAUGGAGGCACACCAAACUGCACAACAUGUACCCCUGGGGAGGACUACAUGGACCAUCCUCACUAUUACGAUAAAUGUCUACGGUGUGGCCUUUGUGACCGAGAACAUGGCUUGGAAGUCAGAAAGAACUGUACCAUUCUUCAAAAUGUUGUAUGUGGAUGUGCCAAGAAUUUUUUCUGCAACACUCCUGAGUGUAAACACUGUGACCCGUGUGCCCAAUGUGAACAUGGCGUCCUUGAGGAAUGCACUGAGAACAGAAAUACCGUCUGCCGGGUCCCAGGCAAUAAACAGUUCUACCUGCUGUCUCUGCUGCUGCUGCCACCGCUGGCCAUAGUUUUUGUGAUUAUUUGUUGCUGGAGAAGAAAACACCAAAAGGAUGUCUAUACCUUAGAACAGAAAAAUUCGGAAAACAUCCCUCUGAGUUAUGCAGAUAUUGACUUGAGUAAUUUUAUUCCAAAAAUUGCUGAGAAAAUGGAACUAGACCAGGUUAAGAAGUUUGUCCGGAAGAUGGGCACAACUGAAGUCAAAAUUGACCAAGUCAAGAAUGAUUAUAACAAUGACACGGGGGAGCAGAAAUUCCAGCUGCUCAAACAUUGGUACGAGAGCCAUGGGAAGAAGGGGGCACACAGACGGCUCAUCUUGGGCCUUCGAGAUAUCGGGCUGCGUGUCGUUGCUGAAGAGCUACAGGACAUCAUCAAGACCCACCCAGAGAAUGAACCAGAGAAUGGGAACUCCAGUGUCCUACACAGCCAAAGCCUGGCCUCCAGCUAGAGGUCUCUGGAGCCCUGUGCCUGUCCAAGUGGCUUCAGAGACAGUGAGGAGGGAGGGGCAUAGUAAAAUCAGCCCUCAUCCCAAGGUCGCAAGUAGUUUGGGAUGUAAACGUAACAACUUCAAGAGCAGUUUUUCUUUUGUUAGGAAAAAGAUAAUUAUGUAGGAGUAUAUCCCAAUCGACCUGUGUAAAUCAGGUACUCUAGGAAGGUCUCCCCUUCCUCCACCCCCCCCCCAAAUCCUUUCCUUUAAUGAAGUAGGUCGACCUACUUCAUCUUGUAACCUAUUUUUAUUUUCCAUCAGAGAGGCAAACAACUUAGAUCAUUGAUAGACCCCACAGACUUGUAGCUGCCCACCAUCUAAUCCCAGAACCAGGCCCCCUUUCUACCCACCUUGACCUUUGGGAGAGGAUACCUAUGUUUCCUGGAUUCAUUAAAGCAGUACCUCCCUCUUGGUCAAAAUUUAGGAUGUAAAAAGAUGGGACCCCAAGAAGAUUAUCUAAGAUGGAGGAGUAGAAGGAAAUGAUAUCACUGAGCUCUCCCCUAAAGCAACUCUAGCAAAGACUUAGGAAGAAUGCCAGAUGGAGCCAUGAUUGGGAAAUCUGCAGAGAAAACAUAGUGAGUCAUUUUCCUAAGAACCAGAACGAGCCAGCAGCUGUGGCCUUCCAACCCCAGAGAUGGGUUGAGGACCCAGUGGACUGAGGAGGGAACCUGCAGCUAGACCUGACCUGUGGCCAUGUUCCAGGGCAAGCAGUAACUGUGUGGCACUGACCCCAGAGGAGGGCUGCAGAUUCAGUCCUGAGUCUAUAGCUGAGUAACCAGAAAGCUCAGACCAAGAGGGAACCUAUAGUUCUAUCACUAUGAACUUAUGGAGUCUUUCAACUAGGUGAUGGAGAGCAACAGUCUACUGGACCCCCAACCAAAGGAAAAUCUACAGUUGUGUUACCCAGACUCAAAGUAAGCUCAGGAGUUUGCAAAACUUACAAGGAAGGCAGUGAUCAGACUACUUUGAGCGCACUGAAGGUUAACAGUUUCCUGGACUGAGCUGUCCUGAGAUCCCUGAAAAAUACAGUACUCAGCAUCCAAAGAAAACAGAGAAUUCAUAUCAAGACCAAAAAAAGGUCCCAACAUUCCCUCCAGAAGUUCACAGAGUCUAAUCCUAAUACAAAGUCCUAAUUCAAGAAGCAAGUCUAGAAGAAUGGGUGAGCAACAACCAAAAAACACUUCUGUGAUAAGGAGCUAUUAGGACACAAACCCCAAAGAAGAAAAUAAAUCCAAAACAAGCAAAGCUUCAAAAACAAUGCACCUUGUGAAGCAGGCCCUGCCCAGGCCUUCCUGCUCGCUCUGGUGGCCAUCUGGCUCAAGCCUUCAGGUACAUUUUUUAUCCAUCUUUCUAUGAAAAAAUUAAAAUGGCUUCUAGAGGAAAGACAGUGACAAGCAAAUUCAAACAGAACUUAAAAGAACAAUUGGACAGACUACUAUAACAAUUAUAAGACUGGAAGAAUGCAGAGGAGAGCUUGAAGCAGAUGAGCCUGAAGAAACCGAGAAAGAAACUUUAGAACAACUGGGUGAAUUCGGUGGUUCACUGAAGAAAAUGAUGCCUGCAAACAUAACUUUGGUAGAUUAACCUAGUGGGAUGCAACUGGCCAUUCGCAGACAUCAGCCCGGCCUUCAAAACACCAGAGGUUAUCAGAGUGUUUGCAAAGAAACAGCCAGGGCAGCUGCAGACAAGAUGAGCAGAGACAGCCCGAGACCUGAUGGUUGGAAAACUGGAAAGAGACGUAUACACCCAACAGAAACUGGAGAUACUGAUGGCCCUGCAGAAACUUGGGGAAAAGUUGAGUGCCACCUAUGACAGACUUCCUGUCCACAAAUGCAGGCGCCGCCCUCAGCCUGUUUGAGAAAGUGUCCACUGAUCUUGGCUCUGGGGACAAAGUCCUUGCUUUAGCAAGUUUUGAAGUAGGAAAAAAAAAGUUACAAGGAGUUGGGUAGA